AUGUCGGCGGCUGCUGAGGCCGUGGGAGGCGCUUCGGGGCUCUCAGCGGCGCCCGUCGCUGCUUCGCCCUCAGCUCCGGGUGUCCUCUCGGCUGCCGUCUCGCCUGGAGUGUCUCUGGCGGUGUCUCCGUUUUUUCCGCUCUUCCGCCUCGCGCGUCACGAGCCGGUCGACGCCGUCAAGGAGGCCUUCGAGAAGACUUUCGAGAAACAUCGGCAGGAACUCGUGGAGCGGCAUCCGUCGCUGGAAGCGUCAGCCUUGCAGGCGCUGCAGGAGAAACUCAUCCAGGACCAGCACCUGCUCGUGGACCCAACUUCACGGGGCACACUGCUUUUUGAGAUUGCUCAGCGCUCCAAAGACGAGGAAGCAGUCGAGCUCGCCAAGUUUCUCGUCGACGAGAAACGCGUCCUGACCGUGGCGCAACGCGAUCGCAUGCAACAGACCUGUCUCUUCUACGCCGCUCGCGAAGGCCACGUCGCCCUCUGCAGAUUCUUCAUUGAGCGCGGCUGCGACCCGAACGCCCAGGACACCGUCGGGCAGACCUGUCUCUUCUACGCGUCCCGCGAAGGUCGAGCCGCAUGCAUUGCGGAGAUUCUCGACCGCGGCGGGAACCCGAACUUGAUUGACAUCAAUCGGCAGUCUUGUCUCUUCUACGCGGCUCGAGACAACCGCCUCGACGCGGUGCGUGUCCUCCUCGAGAAAGGCGCUGACCCACACGUGAAGGACACUCUGAGAAAGACUGCCUGGCACUUUGCCAAGGCAAACAAUCACCUGGCGGUGUGCUCCCUCCUCAAGGGUUCGGGGGGUGGUGGAGCCCAGACGAGCGCCGCUGCGGUCGGCGCUCGAGGCCCAGUCCCCGUUCGGAGUUGCAGCAGCAUCUCCUCGCUCUCCUCGUUCUCCUCCUUUUCAGGCGCCGCCCCCACCUCGCCGAACGCGGGUUCCGCUGGUCUCGCCACAGGCGCGGAGACUCCUGCCGCGAGCCUUGAGACUCCCGACGGCGCGGGCAACGGACAGGCAGGGGGAUCCGGAAAACCCGCGCCAGGCGUCGGCGAGGCGGCGUGCGGCGAGGAGGUACCUCAGAGAAAGAAGUAUCGGCUGCAGUUCCGCCCGCUCCCCGACGAGUGCCCAGACCUGUGGCUGAACGCCGGGAAUGAGAAGUUAACAGAGUUCGAGCGGCUCUUCCCCGCCCUCAGUGUAUGGCGCCGCGAUGCGCAAGAGACCGGUUCUGCGGCGCAGACGAGCAAUGAGGGCGGAGCGUCCGUCGCUUCCCAGGGGGCUAAAGAAGCCUCGCAAAACCACUACGACUCGAUUCGUCUCGCUCUUCUGCAAAAUGCGCAACAAGCGGCGCUGGGUACAGGCAGUCCGGGCAUGGAUUUGCUGGGUCUGUGGCAAAGUGCGGCCUCGGCGCUCCUCUCCGAACUCAGCAAAUAUGAAGGUGGUCAUAUUUUUGAGAAGCCGGUGGAUCCAAAGACGGCGCCGGGAUACUACGACGUGGUGACCCGACCCAUGUCGCUUUCCUGCAUUAAGGCCAAAAUCCGAAAGAGCGAUUACGCCCACCCUCAGCAGUUCCUCAAGGAUGUUGAGCAAGUUUUCAUCAACUGCGAGAUCUACAACCAACAAGGCUCGUGGGUUUGGAGCAUUGGCAAGAACAUGCAGAAGUUCUUCACGAACCAGGUGAUGAUCACGCGCUUCCAGGACUACGUGGACAAGUACAACAAGAUCUACAACGUCCUCGCGGAGUGUGAACAAGAAAACCAACGCGCCAAGGCGGCGCGCACAGACGGGGACACUAGCGGUCAGCCAGAAGAGCCCAAGACCGAAGAGACGCCGAAUGCGUCUUCUUUGGAAGAAAGCGGCGAGGCGUCUGCAGGAAGAAGCGAUACUGUGGAGUUAGCUCCUUCGGUCGAGUCCGCAGGCGCAGAAGCAAAGGCCGGGGAAGAAUCUGGCGACAGUGGCGAGAAGGGAGAGAAGGCGAUGAAGCGCGAAAACGCGCCUUCGGCAGGUGCCUCGGACGGUGAAGAAGCGAGGUCAAGGGAGAGCCGGAAGGCGGAGGACGCGGAGACGGGCAAGAGCGAAGACGAGAGACGGAGAGACAGCAGACGGUCGUCUGCAGCGUCAGGGAAAGAGUCUUGUGGCCGAGGAGAGGAGGCGAAAACGGAGGAAAAGGAGAGUAAGCGCACUGAGGAAGAUGGUGGCAGCGCGAAGAAAGAGAAGGACGAGAACAAAGGGAAAGACACUGCAAAUGCAGACGGCCGGAAACGCAGGAGAGACGAGGCGGGCGAAGCUGCCACGUAG